GACCUCAGUCUACCUAAUGGCACACCUGUGGACACUUCUAGCCCAGCUUCCUCCUCAUCUCUCCUCAACAGACUGCAGCUGGAUGAUGACUUUGAUGGGGAAACUAGAGACCUCUUUGUUACUGUUGAUGAUCCCAAAAAACACGUGUGCACAAUGGAGACAUAUAUCACAUACAGGGUUACAACAAAGACCACACGAGCUGAAUUUGAUUUGCCAGAGUACUCUGUCCGCCGACGGUACCAAGACUUCGACUGGUUGAGAAACAAGCUGGAAGAGUCUCAGCCAACGCAUCUCAUUCCCCCUCUUCCUGAGAAAUUUGUGGUGAAGGGUGUUGUCGAUCGCUUUUCUGAAGAAUUUGUGGAGACGAGGAGGAAAGCAUUAGACAAAUUUCUGAAGAGAAUAACUGAUCACCCAGUGCUUUCGUUUAACGAGCACUUCAACGUGUUUCUCACAGCCAAGGAUCUUAAUGCCUACAAAAAGCAAGGAAUGGCAUUGCUGUCAAAGAUGGGGGAGUCUGUCAAAUAUGUCACAGGAGGCUACAAAUUGAGAAGUCGUCCACUGGAGUUUGCAGCCAUUGGGGAGUAUCUAGACACGUUCUCUCUAAAGCUUGGUACCAUUGACAGAAUAGCACAAAGGAUAAUCAAGGAACAGCUGGAAUACUUGGUGGAACUACGAGAAUAUGGACCUGUUUAUUCAACUUGGGGAGGACUGGAGGUUGAGCUAUCAGAGCCACUGGAGGGGGUGUCUGCCUGUAUUGGGAACUGUUGCACAGCUCUUGAAGAACUGAGUGAAGACAUGACAGAAGACUUCCUGCCUGUGCUUAGGGAGUAUAUGUUGUACUCUGAAUCAAUGAAGAAUGUGUUGAAGAAGAGAGACCAAGUUCAAGCGGAAUAUGAAGCAAAACUCGAAGCAGUAGCCUUAAAGAAGGAAGACCGUCCAAAGGUACCCACAGAUGUUGAGAAAUGUCAAGACCGAGUAGAGUGUUUCAAUGCUGACCUAAAAGCAGAUAUGGAGAGAUGGCAGAACAACAAAAGACAAGACUUCAGGCAGCUACUCAUGGGGAUGGCAGAUAAAAACAUCCAGUACUACGAGAAGUGCCUUACGGCGUGGGAGUCAAUUAUACCACUAUUGCAAGACAAGCCAGAGACCAAAUAAGAAGUACCUUCAUGGACAGUCUAGCACUUCUAUGCUCAGUACCACUAGACAUACUGGAACUGUAUGAAGGACUCCUUUUGUCAAGUUAACUAAAAUGCCAGCUGCAUUUGGGCUGGAACAGACACUCUGAAAACUGUUUGAUUAUUUUUUUUUUUUUUUCCCCCCCUCACUUUUUGUGUUUAAACAGGGGUAUGUUUCAUCUUUUUUGAGUUAUCUUGAAUGGUUCCUUCUUUGUCCUAUGGAGUGAUUGGGGUUUCAUAGUGGAAGUACACGGGGAUCUUGAUAAAACUUACCUCUCUAGUCUGGAAGGAACUGAUGAGUGGAACACUAAAAAGAUGAAAAUAAAACUCUACUGCAAGGUGCCAAAUGACAUCUUCAUUAC